AUGUGCGGAAGCAAGGAUUGCGCUCGCUGUGGUCGCCGCCCUCUUCAAUACGAAAUCCGACUCGCUCUCUUGUUCUUUCACUGGUUCAAUUUCAAAGCGGCGAAAAAGUCCCGGCUCUGGGAGGCAAAUCCUAACGGCAUGUGGGGAUUUCUUCAAUAUGGAACGAUCCUUGACAUUCCUGGAAUCAAGUCUCGUCCAGUCAAUAAAUUGGACAUACCGCAUCAGGAUUUCUACUACAUGAAGUAUAAAGAGAUGGAGAGCACUUUGGUAUGGAAUGAAGUUGAAAAAUCGGCCGGGUCAUGGAAAAUUGCGAAGAUUAUUGACCAAGGACAGUGCGCAGAAAAUUUCGAUGGAUCUUUGGUCAGUCAUUUGGCAGAAUUCGUCCCGUCAAAUAUUCUUUUCAACGCUUCGUUUUCGAAGUUGACUGUUGACCUCUCGAAAAUCGGUGAAGAAGAUGAAGAGCUAAUUGCUAUUCAUUUUGGCUGUACGACUGCAAAGUCCAGGGUGCACAUUCCAAUCGAGAUCGACGAAGAGAUCAUCGAUAAUGUCGAAAUUCUCGCCGGUGGACAUUCCAUGACUUGGAAAACCGCUUUCGACCUCGAUGACAGUUACGCACACUUGGUCAGAUUUAGGCCGAAACCGGGCAUGCUAAAGAAGGGGAUCUUCUCUAGAACUGUUCUUAUUUUUGACCGCUGGCAGCCAGAUUUAACUCACAUCGAGCGAGAUGAAAUCAACUUUGUCGCUGAAAAACUUCUCUGCUAA